GUACUGAUGUACACAAGUGACUGAAUGAGAUGUUUAGCUCUUUGGAUCGUAUGGAUAGUCAGUGACUGGUAUCGAUCGGUGCAUUGCAGAGCAUUCACUCGAAUAUUGGCGUAACUUAAGAAACACACAAAAUGCCAACUUAUGCCACUUCUCCACUUGCAAUACCAGUGCCACUGCCAUACCACACCAUACCAUACCCUACCAGUGCAAUCCCAAUGCAAUCCCAGUGCCGAUCGAACCGAACCGAUGUGGAUGUGGACGCCAUUCACGUGUUGACAGAGUUGACGACCAGUUGUGCCCUCACAGCAAACACUAACCGAUUCGCGAUUUCAUCUAUCAUUUGCUCCUCUCAUCCCUCACUCUAUGCCUGA